AUGUUCUUCUGGCUCGUCAAAACAACCUUAUGGCUCCUCAAGGUCUUCUUCCCAAUCCUCUCGCUCCUCCUCCACAUCGCACUCAUGGCCCUAUGGGCAUACGGCAUCCACAUCCAAACCGCGCCCGACACCAUUGACCCAGAGCACGUAAACAACGGCGCCCCCUGGUACCUCACCAAGAAUUGCAACAUCGUGAACGACAAGCACAUCAAGAGUUACUGCAUGCAAGCCAAGAGCAGUUUCGCCGUUAGCAUUAUCAUGCUUACCAUCUACGUCGUUUUCUUCGCCCUAUCAGCCUACUCCCUCAUUCCAACCACCGCCCAGAAACAAGCCCACGCCGCUCGCAGAGCCGAGAAGAAAGCCGAGAAAGAGAAGUGGGCCUCAUCGCCCUACGACAACGAGAUGACUGCCGACGAACAAUGGCAGCACAUGUGGGAACUCCAACAACUACCCCGUACACCCGGUACCAUUGGCGGCAUGAAGUCGCCCAUGACACCGCGCACACAAGCAUUCAACAACCUUGGCGGGGAGGAGGCUGCACACGGAGGAGGAGGUUACUACAGCAAUGUGCCUGCGGGAGGGAACGGCUGGUAUGGGCCGCCACAACACCAGCCAGGCUCUAUAACCAUCAGUCCGGUUAUGGAGCAAGACGAAUACUACUCGCCACAUGAGGGCAAGGGCAAGACACCGGGUUGGGGCGGUAAUGCGUACUAA